AUGCCUGACGUCGACGAGAAACAAUCUGAAGGGUUGAGGAAAAAACGGCAGCGGUUACAUAAGGAGAUUGAGACCCUACGACAAACUUGUGCGAGCGCUGAAAAGUUUGAGGAGGCAGAGCGUGAAAUUCAGAGGAAAAGCACUAAGAAGGAUGAACUUGAGCGUGAUCUGCAUGACCUCUUGGAGAAACACAAUGAUGCGUUUGUUUCUUUGUUUGGAAAGAAAACGAAUGGACCGUGGAGCGAGCCAGUGAAUUGUUUGGUAAAGUCUGGAGAAGAGUCCAAUCGAGCAAUUGAAUAUGAUCUAAGAAAGAGCGAAAGGGAAUUAGACCGUGCUUGUCAAUGUCUAGAACAAUCGAGAGUGGAGGAAGAGCAGUUACUGAAUGAAGUCGAGCAACUAAAGAAGAAAAUAUUUGAC